CUUGAUUCUAGAUUUAUUGCAAUAUGGCCGAUUUUUACCGGUCAGUUUUUGUGUUUUGAUAGAUACAAUAAAAAAGUGAAAUCAUCUUUAUAAAGAUAACUUAAAUAGCGCGUGUCUUUAAAACGUUUAUUUUAAUUGAAAAUAUUAUAAUAAUAUAAUCAAACAUGGAAGCCCUUAUACCAGUUAUUAAUAAAUUGCAAGACGUCUUUAACACUGUUGGAGCUGAUGCCAUCCAAUUACCUCAGAUUGUCGUCUUGGGAACUCAGAGCUCUGGAAAAAGUUCAGUUAUCGAAAGUCUCGUUGGACGUUCUUUCCUACCACGGGGUCCUGGAAUUGUGACACGUCGACCGCUCAUUCUUCAAUUAGUUUACAGCCCUAAAGACAGCAAAGAACACAGAUCUGCCGAAGAAGUAAUUAGAAGCCAGCUGGCUGGGACUGAGUCAUGGAAUCCCCUUUCUCAGCUAUCUAAAUCAUUUACGUCAGGUACAGUAAAUUUGGAAGAAUGGGGCAAGUUUCUGCAUACAAAAGAAAAGAUUUACACAGAUUUCGACCAGAUACGGGAAGAGAUUGACAGGGAAACAGAUAGAAUGGCGGGAAACAAUAAAGGCAUUUGUCCAGAACCAAUAAAUUUAAAGAUUUACUCAACCAAAGUUGUAAAUCUUACACUUGUGGAUCUUCCUGGUAUUACCAAGGUGCCAAUAGGUGAUCAACCGGAAGAUAUUGAAAAUCAAAUAAGAAACCUCAUUUACAAACACAUUGCCAAUCCAAACUCAAUAAUAUUGGCUGUAACGGCUGCUAACACAGAUAUGGCGACUAGUGAGGCUAUCAAAAUGGCUAAAGACGUGGACCCUGAUGGCAGAAGAACUCUAGCCGUUGUUACCAAACUUGACUUGAUGGAUGCAGGAACUGAUGCGAUAGAUAUAUUGUGUGGACGCGUGAUUCCAGUUAAACUUGGAAUCAUUGGUGUCGUCAACAGAUCGCAGCAAGACAUUAUCGAUAAGAAAACUAUUGCGGAUGCGCUAAAAGACGAAGCGACGUACCUUCAAAGAAAAUAUCCAACGAUUGCAACUCGAAAUGGUACUCCACACUUAGCCAAGACACUUAAUAGACUACUUAUGCACCAUAUUAGAGACUGCUUACCAGAACUUAAGGUUCGAGUAAAUGUAAUGAUAUCCCAAUUCCAAUCCCUCCUCAACUCGUACGGCGAGGAUGUGUCUGACAAAUCGCAGACAUUGCUACAGAUUAUAACAAAGUUCGCCAGUGCGUACUGUUCGACGAUAGAGGGCACUGCACGCAAUAUUGAGACUACCGAGCUCUGUGGUGGAGCGAGGAUAUGCUAUAUCUUCCAUGAGACCUUUGGUCGUACUCUGGAUUCCAUACAUCCUUUAGUCGGUUUAACCCGUAUGGACAUAUUAACUGCAAUCCGCAAUGCAACAGGGCCUAGGCCUGCUUUAUUUGUUCCUGAGGUGUCAUUUGAGUUGCUCGUUAAAAGGCAGAUAAGAAGACUUGAAGAUCCCUCGCAGAGAUGUGUAGAACUUGUCCAUGAAGAGAUGCAGCGAAUAGUGCAGCAUUGUGGCACCGAAGUGCAGCAAGAGCUGUUGAGGUUCCCUCGGCUGCAUCAGCGCAUCGUUGACGUCGUUACCCAGCUGUUGAGGACACGGCUUCCUGCCACCAAUGCUAUGGUGGAAAACCUAGUGGCUAUCGAACUGGCUUACAUAAACACGAAGCAUCCAGAUUUCCACCGCGAGGCAGCUCUGGUCUCUGGUUUACUGAAAAGCACGGAUGGGUUUGAAGAAUUUCGGACCAAACCCAAUCGGCCAGCCCCAUCGCCGGUACAUAAUACAAUUAAACAAGUACCGGCCAUUACUGACGGACAUGACAGAUUGCCCUCACAGAAUAGCGAAUCGCCACAGACUCCACAGAUGAAUGGCAGUCCAGAAAAUAGAUCGAUGACUCCGCAAAAGCCUGUGAACCUUCUACCGGAAGUACCGAGUCACACAUCGAGAAAGCUCUCGGAUAGAGAACAACAUGACUGUGAUGUUAUUGGUGGACGGAGCGAGUUAUCCCCUCAAAAUCGUAUGACAGUAGACGGCAUCAGUAUGAUGCAUUUGAACCAUAUGGGUGAUUUAGUCGAACGACUCAUUAAAUCGUAUUUCUACAUCGUUCGGAAGUCGAUUCAGGACUCUGUGCCCAAAGCGGUGAUGCAUUUCUUGGUUAACUACGUGAAGGAUAAUCUACAGUCGGAGUUGGUGACCCACCUUUACAAGUCGGACCAGGCCGAGAGCCUCCUCAACGAGUCUGAACAUAUCGCUCAGAGGAGGAAGGAGGCUGCCGACAUGCUUAAGGCUCUACAACGCGCUGGUCAAAUUAUCAGCGAGAUUCGUGAAACGCACAUGUGGUAAAGCGCCAUCUAGUCUGUGAAUUAGUUAAUUUGUUCUGUACAUAGCAUACUGAGCUAAGGGCGCACUGAAUUAGGCUUACUGUCAUUUUAACAUCUCUGUUAUCUUUGGAAAAGUUUUCCAAGAGCAAUAAAAAAUUAAUUCUUGCUGAAUAUUUAAUAACAAAUGGCAUUAAAAUGAUCAUAGGCCCAUGAAUUAUUUUAGCAUUUUGAGUGCCCCCUUACUAUUUCAUGGCGCAUACAAACAUGAAAAUUUAUUAGUAUUAUAUUAAAACCAAAUAAUUUUGAAUGGACAAAGGAUGUUAACUUAUGAAAGAGAGAUUAACUAAUUUGUGUUAGAGUCGUUUCAGCGCGCUCGAAUAUCACCCUUUAGGUCGUGUGUUCGAACCCCGGCUGUGUUCACAAAGAAAGACAUCGUAAAUCGACCAUUAUAAAGUCGUAAGUUUGUAUGCGCAUUGUCUAUUGCUACAUGACAGUUAGUAUAUUGGAAACUAGUUAAGAAAACCAAAUUAGAAAUGGAUUUAAGUUAUAAUGCUUACUAAGUUUAAAGGCUGUUAAAAGACCUUACUUAAAGGUCAUCGAACAGUAAAGUCAAUAAAAACUGCGAUGGCUAGUAUUACUAAUAGGUUUCAAAUACUUUCUAUACAUGAUAAUUUCUACUUAUGUUAUGCUUAUUAUUUGAAAUGUGGUGCGUAGCGCCAUCUAGUGCGGUGGCUGUUAUUAGGAUCAUAUUUUUUUUGUAGAUUAAAUUAUUAAUUAUGAACACUUAUUAGUUGAAUGUUUUUAUAGUGUGAUAAUUAGGGAAUACUCACUGCCUGAUUAUUAAUGAAAUAUAUUACUACUAUUAUAAUUGCAUUAUUGAUUUGGUCAUUUUUCAUAUAAAAAAAUUAUCAUAUAGUAUUUUUUCUUUUAAUUCGACAAACUUCACAGAUAUAAACGAUUAGUUUAAUUAAAGUAACCUAAAUUUUUUUUAAACGAACUUUAAAAAAAAAUUUUUUUUCGAUAUAUUGGUUUCUAGAACUCUAAAAUCAAAUGCAAUUUGUAAUAUUAACAAUACCACAAAUGAAUAAAAUCAGUCUUUUAUUUCAGUUACCAUUUCUAUAUGAAGUGAAAAGUGAUAUUUUGUGUUUCCAAAGUUAGUUAAUCAUUGAAUUUAUUUAACAGGGCUAUAGAAUAGUGGUUUGUCUAAAUCAGCUUUUGCAUGUGUUGGUAAAGUAUUCCAAAGUUGUUCCGUGUGCUUAUGAACAAUUGAAUGUUACGCAAUAAGAUUGUAUUUAAAAGUCUGUUAAUAUAAUAUUAUCACCA